AGGCAGCGCCUUGGCAGCACAGCCCGUGGAGCUGGCAUGGGCCGGAGGCGCCGGCUGGCGGCGGAGAGCUCGCGGCGGAGACCCAGGGGCUGAGGUUGCUGCUCACGGGAGAUGAGAGUCCGCAGAGACCUCGGCUGGCUGGCGGAAGCGACGGAGCCCCCAGGUGGCGGGGGGAGCCCCAUGCUGGAGGCCAUGGAGAUGCCGAGCCACUCGAGGCAGCUGCUCCUGCAGCUCAACACGCAGCGGGCCAAGGGCUUCCUAUGCGACGUGAUCAUCGUGGUGCAGAACGCGCUCUUCCGGGCGCACAAGAACAUCCUGGCGGCCAGCAGCGCCUACCUGAAGUCGCUGGUGGUGCACGACAACCUGCUCAACCUGGACCACGAGAUGGUGAGCCCGGGUGUCUUCCGCCUGGUGCUGGACUUCAUCUACACCGGCCGCCUGGGCGAGUGCGAGCCGGGGGAGCAGGGCCUGGGCGCGGUGCUGGCGGCCGCCAGCUACCUGCAGGUGCCGGCCCUGGUGGCUCUGUGCAAGAAGAAACUGAAGCGGACAGGCAAGUACUGCCACCUGAGAGGCGGCUACAGCCCCUACGGCAAGAUGGCCAGGGGGCUGCGGGCUGCCACCCCCGUCAUCCAGACCUGCUACUCGGGUGCCCCCCGGCCUGUGGACAUGCAGCCUGGCGAGCCCCACAACCCCCUCAGCACCCAAUGCGGGGAGCUCUAUGCCUCUGCCUCCCAGGGCACCGUCCUGCACCAGCCUGGGCUGUGCCCACCCGAGAGGCACUGCUCCCCCCCCUGCGGCCUGGACCUCUCCAAAAAGAGCCCCACCAGCCCUUCCUCCCAGCUGCUGCCCACAGACAGACUCCACCCCGGGGACAGCAGGGAGCCCUUGCUGCCCCCCGGCCACGACAGCCCCCGGGGCAGCACUUCCCUGCUGGUCAACCACAGCUCUGCCUACAAAGAGCCACCCCCGGCGGGUGAAGGCGUGAUCCACCCUGCGGAGCGCUUCCGUGGCAGCCCGCCCUGUGCCGAGCCCCUUGCCCGGGCCGAAGGCCGCAACUUCCUGUACCGCUGGAUGAAGCACGAGACCCCGGGCAGCUACCUGGAGGAGUGUGAGGCGGGGAAGGAGCCUGAGCAGGAGGAGAAAGCCGAGUCGCCCCCGCAGUCCCGCUACCCCAGCAUCGAGAGCAACGAGCUGGAGAAUGACAACAGCACCAGCGAGGACACGGGCAGCAGCGAGGGCCCAUCCCCCGGGGCCACCCUGGGCCCCUACUGCAGCCACCUGGCCUAUGAGCCCGAGAGCCUGGGGGACAACCUGUACGUGUGCAUCCCCUGCGGCAAGGGCUUCCCCAGCUCGGAGCAGCUCAACGCCCACGUGGAGGCCCACACCGAGGAGGAACUGUACCACAAGGCAGCCUCGGAGCAGGCCGGCCCCUUCCUGGACAAAGGUGGCCAGAGCCUGGGGGACAUCGUCCGGCCCUACCGCUGCUCCUCCUGCGACAAGGCCUACAAGGACCCGGCCACGCUGCGGCAGCACGAGAAGACGCACUGGCUCACGCGGCCCUACCCCUGCACCAUCUGCGGCAAGAAGUUCACGCAGCGCGGCACCAUGACGCGGCACAUGCGCAGCCACCUGGGCCUUAAGCCCUUCGCCUGCGACGCCUGCGGCAUGCGCUUCACCCGGCAGUACCGGCUCACCGAGCACAUGCGCAUCCACUCGGGCGAGAAGCCCUACGAGUGCCAGGUGUGCGGCGGCAAGUUCGCCCAGCAGCGCAACCUCAUCAGCCAUAUGAAGAUGCACGUGGCCGGGCCCGACGGCAAGUCCAAGCUGGACUUCCCUGAGAGCGUCUUCGCCAUGGCGCGGCUCACAGCCGACCAGCUGGGCCUCAAGCAGGAGAAAGCGGCUGAGCUGCUGUCGCACACCUCACACUUCCUCAGCGACCCCAAGGGCCUGGAGAGCCUGUACCCGCUGGCCCGGUUCACAGCCGAGCACCUGGGGCUGAGCCAGGAGAAGGCGGCCGAGAUGCUGGGUCCAGCCUCACACCUGCACAGCGAAGGGGGCCGGAGCAUAGAGUGUUAUUCUCCCACCUAACAGGGCAUCCCUGGCACCACAGGGCUGUCCACUCCAGCCACAGCCAAAGAGCCCACGCGGCCAUGGGAUCUGCAGAGCCCACCGCCCCUUCCCCAGAUGGACUUUCUGUAGCAUUUGGGGAGUGGUAACUUUUCUCCCUGAAAAUGUGCAGUGGCUGAAUGUUUCUUCCAGCCUCCAUCCAAUGGAGAAAGGCCAGAACAGCCAAAGAGGGGGUGGGGUGAGCCCCUGGCAAAGGGCACUGGGCAGCAGCUCUCUCCACCUGCUCACUCAGCCUGGUGUGAGGGGAGCAGUAAAGGGGUUUGAUCUUCUGAGACCUCUGCAGGAAUCUCUACACCCUGGCUCAGCAAACCCUGCCCAGAGCCUGGGCCUGGUGUGUGCCUCCUGCUACAGAACCCUGGUUGGGGAAGCUCCUCUCCCAGCUGUGACUGCAGCUGGGCCUGGCUCCCAAAGAUCUUCCUGGGCCCACCUCACUGAGCUGAAACCAAAGCAACCACCUGAGGAGAAGACCCAGUCCCCACACCCUCGCUGUACUCAGGGAUGGCCCCAGUGUCCUGCCUGACCCAGGCCAGGCCCAGCUGCCUCAAAGGAGAAUUCCUGCGCUGGGCGAUUCCUGAGGAACCAAAGCCCAGAGUUUCCCCCACCCUUCCCCAGUCGCUGGUGGGAGGGAGCGUGGAUCUGGGGCCCAGCUGGCCCUAAACUGAGCCCCUGGGAUGCAUCCCUCCCCACCCUCCAGUCUCUGCUCUGUGGGAUCUCAGGUGGGGACCUUGCUGCUGUUUCUCUAGGGGUCUCUGCUGGGAGGUGGGCCGGAAGCAUGAGGACAUGGGAGCAGUUUGUUAAACCCCAACUGAGCUUUUCCAGGGGUGGGCCCCCCUCCUGCCUUACUAGGAUGCAGCGGGAGGCCUGCCCCCUCCCAUGGCUGGUGCCCAGGCAGAUCAGGGCUCCAGGCCACAGAGCAUGCAGGCAGGGGGCCGGGCUGCUCUCCUUGUACCAAAGGGCUUUGUCACUGCGCUAGGGCAUCUCCCCGUCCCCCAAAGAGGUCUGGUGGGGGGCCCCCUCCCCUCUGCUCCCCAGAGGCUCAGUCCUGGCCCAGGAGCUUGUGACAAAGACAAGAUCACCCAGUCACCUGCUUUGCGGUGCCAGGGAGAGGAAGCAGCUGCCUUGCUUGGCACGGCUGGGCAGCAGGGCUCUGCCGGCUCCGGCAGGUGAAGCCCGCUGGGGGCAGUGCAGGGGCCAAUGACACUGAGGGGGCGAGCAGGUAGGUCUCUGGCCUGGUGGCCAGUGGGGACAGGUGCUGCAUGCAGGUACCCCCUCGCCCUGCCUGAUAGCACACUGAGUUCAGGCCGGCCGGGCUGCACUGGGCAGGCAGAUCCUCCCUGCACUCCUGAGUUAAUGGGGCACAAGGUCCAGGUGCUGCCACUCCCGGAGCCCUGCUUGGGGCCUUCCUUGCUCUGUCCAGACUGGGCCACCAAAGCCAUAGA